AGGGCGGGUUUGAAGGGAAGUGGGUGUUGACCUGCGGGCAACUGACGCUGUUUGUUGUCAGAUUACACCCGUGACGGUGCGGGUCUCGGGCGUUCUGGAGAUACGUAGGGGUGAAUUUAUGUUUCGGACGAUUGCAUCUGGAGGGGUGUGUAAGACUGUGGCUGAAGAAAGCUAUUACGCUUCUUAUGUGGGUCAUUAUUUUAAAAAUAGCAUUUCGGUUUUAUUUGCUUGACUGCCUCUUCUCAACAAAUUUUAAGCCCGCCUGUACAUGUGUUUGGUUUUGCCCUACCAGCUCUGGGGUUGGGGAGUGCACUGUUAUGGUUAUUGUUGCUCCUGUGGCCAUUCUCUUGUCAUCCCCACUUUCACAUUUUGGCGUGGUGUAUUAGUAGACUGAAUGGGAUUAAUGGGUAAAUAUGACUUUAUAGUCAGCUUUAAUCCUGGAUUCAAUAUCAGAAUUUAGAUUUUCAGCUUUGUGGAUGUUCGACAUUUUAAAAACAGUUAUUGCAAAGAGGUGAAAAUUUUGUUCUGAAGUCUUAAGGACACAGAGAAAGUUUUUCCGUCCUUAAGUGUGGGACUUGUUUUGUGACCAACAAUAUGAAAGGCUCUGAGGUCAGCUUGGAGAAGAAAAAAAGGAUUAAGAUGCCAGCGAAGAGACUUCGUGAGGUAGUUUCUCAAAAUCAUGGAGAUCAUUUGGUUUUGCUGAAAGAUGAGUUGCCGUGUGUUCCUCCGGCAUUGUCUGCAAAUAAACGUCUUCCUGUUGGAACGGGGACUAGUUUGAAUGGAACGUCACGUGGUUCAUCAGACUUAACUUCUGCUAGAAAUUGUUACCAGCCUCUAUUAGAAAAUCCCAUGGUGUCAGAAAGUGAUUUUUCUAAAGACGUUGCAGUGCAAGUGUUGCCUUUGGAUAAAAUAGAAGAGAACAACAAACAAAAAGCCCUGGGCAUCCUACUUUUUGUCUCUAUGAAUUUGACUACCCUAGCAAAUGACAUCUUCAUUUCUCAGUAUACAAUGGGACAGAAAGAUGCUCUAAGAACAGUUUUAAAGCAAAAAGCUCAAAGCAUGCCUGUUUUUAAGGAAGUAAAGGUACAUCUGUUAGAAGAUGCAGGCAUAGAGAAGGAAGCUGUUACUCAGGAGACUAGAAUUUCACCCAGUGGAAUUGAUUCAGCUACAACCGUGGCUGCAGCAACUGCUGCUGCCAUUGCAACCGCAGCUCCAUUGAUAAAGGUGCAGAGUGAUUUGGAAGCAAAAGUCAAUUCUGUUACAGAAUUACUUAGUAAAUUACAGGAGACUGAUAAACACCUACAACGCGUUACAGAGCAGCAAACAAGCAUUCAGAGGAAACAAGAGAAACUACAUUGUCAUGAUCACGAAAAGCAAAUGAAUGUGUUUAUGGAGCAGCACAUAAGGCAUCUUGAAAAGUUACAACAACAACAAAUAGAUAUUCAGACUCAUUUUAUUAGUGCUGCACUCAAGACUAGUAGUUUUCAGCCUGUUAGUAUGCCCUCCUCCAGAGCAGUGGAAAAGUAUUCCGUAAAACCAGAACACCCUAAUCUUGGUAGCUGUAAUCCAUCUUUAUAUAACACAUUUGCUUCCAAACAAGCACCUUUAAAAGAAGUUGAAGAUAUGAGUUUUGAUAAACAGAAAUCUCCUUUGGAGACACCAGCACCUCGCAGAUUUGCUCCUGUACCUGUUUCAAGGGAUGAUGAACUAUCAAAGAGGGAAAAUCUUUUGGAAGAAAAAGAAAAUGUGGAAGUGUCAUGUCACAGAGGAAAUGUAAGACUAUUGGAACAAAUUUUGAAUAAUAAUGAUUCUUUGACAAGAAAAAGUGAAUCAUCAAACACCACCUCACUAACUAGGUCAAAAAUAGGAUGGACUCCUGAGAAAACAAACAGCGUUGAAACUCUACCUUCUCAAAGAUUUCCUUCCUGUGAAGAGCUAGAAACAACUAAAGUGACUAUGCAAAAGUCUGAUGAUGUUCUUCAUGACCUUGGCCAAAAGGAGAAAGAAACAAAUAGCAUGGUCCAGCCAAAAGAAUCUCUGAGUAUGUUGAAGCUUCCAGAUCUUCCACAGAAUUCUGUUAAGCUUCAAACAAGCAAUACAACAAGAUCUGUAUUGAAAGAUGCUGAGAAGAUUUUGAGAGGAGUACAAAACAAUAAAAAAGUACUUGAAGAAAACCUGGAAGCUAUUAUUCGUGCAAAAGAUGGAGCUGCCAUGUAUUCACUUAUCAAUGCUUUAUCUACCAACAGAGAGAUGUCAGAGAAAAUUAGGAUCAGAAAGACAGUGGAUGAAUGGAUUAAAACUAUUUCUGCAGAAAUUCAGGAUGAACUGUCAAGAACAGAUUAUGAACAAAAAAGAUUUGAUCAGAAGAAUCAGAGAACCAAGAAAGGUCAGAAUAUGACUAAAGAUAUUAGAACCAACACACAAGAUAAAACUCUCAACAAAUCUGUAAUUCCAAGAAAACAUUCUCAAAAGCAAAUAGAAGAGCAUUUUAGAAAUCUACCUAUGAGGGGCUUGCCUGCUUCAAGUUUACAGAAAGAGAGAAAGGAAGGGCUUUUGAAAGCAACCACAGUAAUACAAGAUGAAGAUUAUAUGUUACAAGUCUAUGGAAAGCCAGUUUAUCAGGGCCAUCGAAGCACUCUUAAAAAAGGACCAUAUCUCAGAUUUAAUUCUCCAUCUCCUAAGUCCAGACCACAGAGACCAAAAGUAAUAGAACGAGUUAAAGGCACUAAGGUAAAGUCAAUAAGAACACAGACUGACUUCUAUGCAACAAAACCUAUGAAGAUGGAUUCUAAAAUGAAACAUUCUGUUCCUGUGUUACCUCAUGGCGAUCAGCAAUAUUUGUUCAGCCCAAGUAGAGAAAUGCCUACUUUUUCAGGUACAUUGGAAGGUCAUCUGAUUCCUAUGGCAAUUCUUUUAGGACAAACCCAAAGUAAUAGUGAUACCAUGCCACCUGCUGGAGUGAUUGUCAGCAAGCCACACCCUGUAACUGUGACUACUUCUAUUCCUCCAUCAUCUCGAAAAGUAGAAACUGGAGUAAAGAAACCUAACAUAGCCAUUGUAGAAAUGAAGUCAGAAAAAAAGGAUCCUCCUCAGCUUACUGUACAGGUAUUACCCAGUGUAGAUAUUGACAGCAUUUCAAAUAGUAGUGCUGAUGUCCGUUCACCUCUGUCUAGCCCCAAAGAAGCAUCUCUUCCUCCUGUGCAAACUUGGAUAAAGACUCCAGAAAUUAUGAAGGUAGAUGAAGAAGAGGUGAAGUUUCCAGGAACUAACUUUGAUGAAAUAAUCGAUGUCAUACAGGAAGAAGAAAAAUGUGAUGAAAUUCCAGACUCUGAACCAAUUCUGGAGUUUAACAGAAGUGUUAAAGCUGAUUCUACAAAAUAUAAUGGUCCUCCAUUUCCGCCAGUUGCUUCUACUUUUCAGCCCACUGCUGAUAUUCUGGAUAAAGUAAUUGAGAGAAAAGAAACACUGGAAAAUAGCUUAAUUCAAUGGGUAGAGCAAGAAAUAAUGUCAAGAAUUAUCUCUGGGCUCUUUCCAGUCCAGCAACAGAUUGCACCUAAUAUCAGUGUUUCAGUCAGUGAGACAAGUGAACCACUGACUUCUGACAUUGUGGAAGGAACAAGCAGUGGCGCCCUCCAGCUUUUUGUUGAUGCUGGUGUUCCUGUGAACUCAAAUGUGAUUAAACAUUUUGUUAACGAAGCUCUUGCUGAGACCAUUGCUGUCAUGCUGGGUGACAGAGAAGCAAAGAAGCAAGGUCCUGUUGCUACAGGUGUUUCUGGGGAUGCUUCAACAAAUGAAACAUAUUUGCCGGCAAGAGUGUGCACCCCACUGGCUACCCCACAGCCUACGCCUCCUCGCUCACCUUCAUCACCUACUAAGGAGUGUGUUUUGGUAAAGACUCCAGAUUCUUCUCCCAGUGAUUCGGAUCAUGAUAUGGCUUUUCCUGUGAAAGAAAUAUGUGCUGAAAAAGGAGAUGAUAUGCCUGCCAUCAUGCUUGUUAAUACUCCGACAGUUACCCCUACUACUACACCUCCUCCAGCGGUGGCAGUUUUUACCCCAACUUUGUCAGAUAUUUCCACUGAUAAAUUGAAGGUAUCAAGCCCAGAGCUUCCCAAGCCAUGGGGUGAUGGAGACCUGCCACUGGAAGAAGAGAACCCUAACUCACCUCAAGAAGAACUUCAUCCAAGAGCUAUUGUAAUGUCUGUGGCUAAGGAUGAAGAACCAGAGAGUAUGGAUUUCCCUGCUCAGCCUCCACCUCCAGAGCCAGUUCCCUUUAUGCCAUUUCCUGCCGGCACCAAGGCCCCUUCCCCCUCACAGAUGCCAGGUUCUGAUUCAUCAACACUGGAGAGCACAUUGAGUGUUACUGUCACUGAAACUGAAACUUUAGAUAAACCCAUCUCUGAAGGAGAGAUUUUAUUUAGCUGUGGUCAAAAAUUGGCCCCCAAGAUUUUAGAAGAUAUAGGACUGUACCUGACAAACCUUAAUGAUAGCUUAUCCAGCACUCUGCAUGAUGCCAUUGAAAUGGAGGAUGAUCCUCCUAGUGAAGGGCAAGUGAUUAGGAUGUCCCAUAAAAAAUUUCAUGCAGAUGCAAUUCUUUCUUUUGCUAAACAAAACCAGGAGUCAGCAGUUUCCCAGCAAGCAGUCUAUCAUUCAGAGGACUUGGAAAACAGUGUGGGUGAACUUAGUGAAGGACAAAGAACCCAGCUAACAGCGGCAGCAGAGAACAUCUUAAUGGGACAUUCUCUCUAUAUGCAGCCACCUGUCACUAAUGCACAGUCUUUGGAUCAACAGUGUGAUCCUAAACCAUUAUCUCGGCAAUUUGACACAGUUUCAGAGACGGAGUCUUGCUGUGUCACCCAGGCUGGAGUGUAGUGGCACAAUCUCGGCCCACUGCAAGCUCUGCCUCCCGAGUUCACGCCAUUCUCCUGCCUCAGCCUCCCGAGCAGCUGGGACUACAGGAGCCCACCACCACGCCUGGCUAAUUUUUUGUAUUUUUAGUAGAGAUGGGGUUUCACCAUGUUAGCCAGGAUGGUCUCGAUCUCCUGACCUCAUGAUCCUCCCUCCGUGGCCUCCCAAAGUGCUGGAAUUACAGGUGUAAGCCACUGCGCCUAGCCUGUUUUAUUUUAUUUUAUUUUUUUGGAGACGGAGUCUUGCUUUGUCGCCCAGGGUGGAAUGCAAUGGCACGAUCUCGGCUCACUGCAACCCCUGCCUCCCGGGUUCAAGCUAUUCUCCUGCCUCAGCCUCCCAAGUAGCUGGGAUUACAGGCGCCUGCCACCACGCCCAGCUAAUUUUUGUAUUUUUAUUAGAGACAGGGUUUCACUAUGUUGGCCAGGCUGGUCUUGAACUCCUGACCUCAGGUGAUCUGCCCACCUUGGCCUCCCAAAGUGCUGGGAUUACAGGCAUGAGCCACCAUGCCCAGCUGAUGCAUUUAUUGUAAUAUGUACUAGAAAAAUAUAACGAAUCCAUGAAAAUUGACAUAACAGAUCUUUAGGACAAGGUUAAAUUAGAUAAUACUGUAGACAUUUAUUCUUUAUGCUAUAUGAAUUUCAGUAGCACUCAGUGCAUUCAGGACUAUUUUAGAAUUUCAAUAAACUUUCUGUUGUGACACACUGGAAAUAAGGAUAGAAUAGAGAAUACCAAUCACUAGCAUAUAUAGUUGACUCUCAUCUAUGGACCAUUGUUAUAUUCUGUGGUCACCACAAACAUAUUAACAAGUAUUGAACCAUUACUCCUAGGGGAAAUACAGGAUUAGGUUUCUGUGAGCCUCUGGUCAUAACAUUUUUAUCAACUGAUCAAUACAUAAUCUGGUUUUAUUUAUGUUUCUGUUUAAAGAAAUCUUAUUUAAUAUAUAUUUUGGCUUCAUUAAUAUUGAACUCACAGCCAUUGAACUAUCCAGCAGUAUAACUUGUGCCUGAAGGAAGCCUAUCUAACACGUAUAUUUUCUCCAUAAGACACAGCGGAGCCUUUUUGUGCUUAGAAACACUAGACACGCCAGAUGCGGUGGCUCACGCCUGUAAUCCAGCACUUUGGGAGGCCAAGGUGGGCAGAUCACCUGAGGUCAGGAGUUUAAGACCAGCCUGGCCAACAUGGUGAAACCUCAUCUCUACUAAAAAUGCAAAAAUUAGCCGGGCAUAGUGGCAGAUGCCUGUAAUCUCAGCUACUUGGGAAGCUGAGGCAGAAGAAUUGCUUGAACCCGGGAGGCUCAUAGGGCAGAGGGCAGAGGUUGCAGUGAGCCGAAAUCGCGCCACUGCACUCCAGCCUGGGCAGCAAGAGCGAGUCUCUGCCUCAAAAAAAAAAAAAAGAAAAGAAACACUAGACAGUACUUCAGCACUAAGGGGCCAUUUUAAACAGUGAAAUCACCAAAAAAAGAGGAUGAAAUGUGAAAAACACAGCUUUACGUAUACUGUGAAAAGGUUACUUGUUUACAGUAUGAGAGCUGGAAUAAGGUGGAAUGUAUCGUUGUUCAGCAUCAACUGGAAAAAUGCAUGUUAGGUAAUUUAAGUUUUUCACCACUCUGUACAUGUCCACAAAUGACCACAAAGGUGCUGCAAGUAUUGAUUUGGGGGGUUAUAAAUACGUUUUAGCGAGUAGAUAAAUUUGCAAAUAUGUAAUUUACAAAUAAAUGAGGAUCUGCUAUAUUCUUAUUAUUGAUUUUUAAA